AUGGCAGAACAAAUCCCAGCCCCAAAACCGUUGAAACUCGAUGGAAAUGCAGCUGAAAAUUGGCGGCGUGGGAAGAAAGCCUUCGAGCUAUACAUGACCGCUACUGAGAAAGACAAAAAGUCGCAGAAAAUACAGUGUGCAACGUUUUUGACCUUGGCUGGCGAAGCAGCGAUUACAGUUUACGAAACACUCACGUUUGAAGAUAUAGAAAAAGAUAAAAUCGAGCCGUUAGUAGCGAAAUUUGAAGCAUAUUGUCUUCCAAAAAAAAAUGUCACGCACGAAAGGCAUGUGUUUAACUUGAGGAAACAAAAGCCUGACGAAUCGGUAUAGAGCAGUUUGUGACGGAACUGAAACGAUUAGCAAAGAACUGUGAGUAUGGAGAACUUACAAACUCGAUCGUUAAAGACAGGAUUGUCGAAGGAAUCAGCAAUGACAGAACUCGAGCACGGCUUCUUCGAGAAAAAGAUUUAUCGCUAGAAAGGUGUAUGGACGUGUGUAAAGCAGCAGAAGUUGCCGACAAGCAUAUGAAAACCUUAACAGAUACGUCACGUAAAUCGGAAGAAAUUGAUGCAGUUUAUAGUCGAGGAAGGAAUUAUCGAAGAGAAACGCAUUCAGGAUUAACGGGCAACGGCGGUAAAGAUCAAAAAUUUUAUAACAACAGAUUAAAUUGCAGCAGAUGUGGUCAGGGAAACCAUAGUUAUGAUAAAUGCUCAGCUGUGGGAAAAGAAUGUAGAAAUUGUCACAAGAAAAAUCAUUUUAUGAGUCAAUGUAGAACCCGAGACAAAGAAUUGCCAAAAUAUCCAAGAAAACAUCGAGUCGAUGCGGUAGAGAACAACGGUAAACAAGAGAGGGACGCUGAACCAAGUAGUGAGUCUAGUGACGAACAUGAAUUCUAUGUUUAUUCGACGGAAACGACCGCUGACAAGUCAGAUCCAUGGAUACUUCCAUUGGAAGUAAACAACAGUAUAGUUACUUUUAAAGUAGACACUGGCUCGGAUGUCAAUGUAAUGAGUUAUAACGAGUUUAAGACACUUCAGAACAGACCGAAGUUGAAACAAUCGAAGACUAAACUGAAAGCAUACAACGGGGGAGAUGUUCAAGUGCAAGGUCAGUGUAUUUUAUCCUUAAAGUUGAAAGAGAAAUCGGUGAAAGCGCUGUUUUUAAUCAGCCCUGAUGAUGUUAAACCUAUUUUGGGAAGGGAACUUUCUGAAAAGUUAAAUCUUGUGAAAAGAACAUUUUCUAUUGAGCAGUCGAACAGUUCGAAUAAUUUAACGGGCAGCAGGUAUAACAAUGCAAAACUAAGUGAGAAAUAUGCUGACUGUUUCGAAGGACUAGGCUGUUUACCUCAUACUGUAAAAAUCGAGUUAAGAGAUGAUGCAACACCAGUUGUUGAGCCUUGUCGCAAAAUACCCUUCGCGCGGUAUGAUAAGCUCAAAGACGAACUACAACGAAUGGAACCUAUGGGCGUGAUUGAAAAGAUCGAAGAACCGACUGAGUGGGUUAACUCAUUUGUGCCAGUUACUAAGCCAAAUGGAAACUUACGUGUUUGCUUAGACCCAAGAAACUUGAACAAAUCAAUAAAACGUGAACAUUUCAAGUUACCUACACGAGACGAAGUUACAGCUCAAUUUGCAAAUGCCAAGGUAUUUACUAAACUAGAUGCCUCAAAUGGGUUUUGGCAAAUGAAGCUUGAAGACGAAAGUACUAAUUUAUGUACUUUUAAUACCCCUUUUGGGAGAUACAAAUACUUACGACUCCCAUUUGGAAUCUCCAGUGCCCAGAGAUUUAUCAUAGAACCAUUAAUUCUUUGUUUAGUCACUUAGAAGGCGUAGAUACUUCUAUGGAUGACAUCAUCAUUUAUGGAUCAACCCCACAAGAACAUGAUCAAAGGUUGGAAGCAACAAUGAAAGUUGUGAAAGAAGUUGGACUGAAACUUCAAAAAGCAAAAUGCGAAGUGGGUGUACAACAGUUGACUUACCUGGGGGACACAAUUUCGGCUGAGGGAUUGAAACCUGAUCAGAGAAAAGUUGAGGCAAUCCAGAACAUGGAAAGACCUGGAAACAAAACAGACCUCCAGAGAUUCCUAGGUAUGAUUAAUUAUCUUGCUAGAUACAUACCAGAUUUAUCCACUAGAACAAUGCCAUUAAGAAAGUUGUUAGACCAGAAGGUGUUGUGGAUGUGGAACAAUGAGCAAGAGAAAGCAUGGAAAGAAUUGAAGGAACUUUUUUCAAGCGAACCUGUGUUAAAGUUCUACGAUCCAAACAAGCCCAUAAAGAUUUCAACCGAUGCAAGUAGGAGUGGCUUAGGAGCAGUACUGCAGCAGCUACAUGGUGAAAAUUGGCUUCCAGUAGCAUAUGCAUCGAGGUCAGUUACAGAUUGUGAGAGCAGAUAUGCAACAAUUGAACUUAAGACACUAGGCAUGACAUUUUCUUGUGAAAGAUUCCACCAGUACAUAUACGGUCAAGAAUUCGAAAUAGAGACAGACCACAAACCAUUAGUGUCAAUUUUCAAAAAAUCACCAAUUGAUAGCCCGCCACGAAUACAGCGGUUGAGAUUACGAUUACAGAAAUAUGAUUUCAAACUUUCGUACGUUCCUGGUAAGUGGAUGCAUACACCAGAUGCAUUAUCCAAGAGCACCCAUGAAGCUGGCAAGUAAGUCAGACCACCAUAUUGAAGCUCAUGUUGAUGGAAUCAUAGCAGUGCUACAAGUUACAGAUGAGAAACUAAAAGAGAUUAAAGAGGAAACCCAAAAGGACAAAACAAUGAUAUCACUUCAAAAUACUAUCAUGCAAGGUUGGCCCAAUGAAAGAUCCAAUACUUCUAACGAACUUCAUGCUUAUUGGAACAUUAGAGAUGAAUUAUCGGUACACCAAGGGCUGAUACUAAAAGGUUCAAAGAUUGUAAUUCCAACAAAGAUGAGAAAAGAAAUCCUAAUAAAAAUUCAUGCUGGUCAUCAGGGCAGAGAGAAAUGCAAGCAACGUGCCAGACAAGUAGUAUUCUGGCCUGGAAUCAACAGUGACAUUGAUAACAUAGUUGAGAGUUGCGAGACAUGCCAACAUCACCAGCAUAACCACCAGAAAGAACCAUUAAAGCCAUAUCCAGUUCCAACCCGUCCCUGGCAAGUGGUCGGCACAGAUCUCUGUGAAAUCAACAAAAAAGAAUAUCUUGUCAUUGUGGAUGCAUAUUCCAGCUAUCCGGAAGUGAUACCUCUAUCAAGCCAAAGCAGUAAAGCUGUGAUCAAAGGUAUGAAAGUAACUUUCGCCAGACAUGGCAUUCCUGAUAUUGUUCAUAGUGACAAUGGACCAUGUUACAGUAGUCAAGAGUUUGCUGAUUUCAAGACCAAAUGGGGAUUUAAACAUGUUACCAGUAGUCCUCAUUUCCCAUCCUCUAAUGGGUUAGUCGAGAAGGCUGUCCAGACAAUAAAGAAUAUUAUAAGCAAAUCAGUUGAAAGCGGAACAGACCCGUAUCUCGGACUGUUAGCAUAUAGAUCAACACCACUUGACAACCAUAAGUCACCAGCUGAGUUACUGAUGGGAAGAACACUUAAAACAGAUCUUCCAGUUGUAGAAAACCAGCUCAAUGUUAAAGAUUCCAAAGCAGUUGUUGCAUGGAAAACAAAGAAAAAAGAAAUCCAGAAGGCUUAUCAUGACAGAGAAGCCAAACCGUUGCCACCACUGAAGCAAG